CCAAGAUUUGUCACAGGCUUGCUACAAGUAUUCUUCAAAUAACAACAUCGCAAUGGCCUCUCAAAUAACCGUCACUCCCAUCUCUACAUCAGCCGAGUCAAGCAUUGACUUCGGUGCCAUCGUCCCAAACGUUGACGUCGAAAACAUCAGUGAUGCCGACUUUGACGUAAUCCGUGACGCACUCUUCACCCACCAAGUUCUCGUCUUCAAGAACCAGAACCAUCUCUCUCCUAAAGCGCAGUAUGAGAUUACCCAGCGUUUCGAUCCUGAAGCUGCGGGCUCUUAUGGCCAUGGAAAAACGAUUGACGCAAAGCGCUCAAUCCUCCAUCCUGACCUCAAGACCAUCCCUCAUCAACCUCAAGUGCAGGUCAUUGGAAAUGGCUUCGUUGAGGAGUAUGAAGGACUGAAGAACAUUCAGCUCCGACAUCCGCAUCAUCGCACAUUCCACGCCACCACUAUCCCUGAUGAGAAGGAUCUGGACUUCACCAGGUUCUACAGAUGGCACAUCGACGCCGCUCUGUACGGCCUCGCUCCUCCAGUGGUGACAUCGCUCCUCGCCGUCCGUGUUCCCGGAGGUCGCAAACAGACCCUCGUCUAUGACGACGGAUCCAAUGAGGAGUUGACCGUCCCGCUUGGUACUACAGCCUUUGUGUCGGGUUACGCCAUGUACGACCGGCUUUCGCCUGAGGAUAAGGAGUUUGUGCGUACCACAAAGGUUGAGUACGCUCCGCAUCCAUAUGUUUGGAUGAGUGGUGCAAAGUCCCGCUCCGAUGGCCUGGGCUUGGUCUCCGAAGGCAAAGAAAUUCCUGUCGAGAAUCUUCCGCCUGUUGAGGAGGAUAAGAUCCAGAUCCUUCCUAUGUGCUGGCGUAACCCUGUCACUGGCCGUUUAGCACUUCAGGUUCAUCCUUCUGCCGUUCGAAAGCUGCACCUCGCGGACGGUACUGUGAUUGAUGAUCUUACUGCCGUUCGUGAGCGUGUUCACGAACUUCAGCGUCCUGGUAUUGCUCCUGAAAAGGUUUAUCCUCAUGACUGGGAGCAAGGAGAUCUUGUUCUCUUUCAUAAUCGUGGAGUGAUCCAUUCAGUGGUUGGUGCUUUUGCGGAAGAUGAGGUUAGAUUGUUCCGACAGUGUAACAUUGCUGGCAGUAAGCUGCCUGAAGGGCCAACGCCUGUUGCAGAUGGUGCUUAGAUGAUGUGUGGCAGCUCGAUGAGAGACGAAGGAAAAUAUUUAAUAGAUAUACGUGGUGAUUAUAAUAAGAAAUUCGCUCUCCCAUGAACCUUUUCUAAAG